CACCUGCUCCUGGUGCAUCUGAGCUGCUCUCACCUAGUGCACUGGACAUACAAAGAAGGAGAGCUGGAUGAAGAGCACUGGGGAAAGCACUUUGCAGACUGUGCUGGCAAGCACCAAUCUCCAAUUGACAUCCAGAGGAAAAAAGUGAGGUACAACCCCCAGUUGCUGCAGCUGGAGCUGAGUGGUUAUGAUGGGCCUUUGCAGGGGGAUUUCACAAUGACCAACAACGGUCACUCUGUUCAGAUUGAUUUGCCACCCACCAUGCACAUCUCCAGAGGACUCCCAGGCCUCUACACAGCUGUACAGAUGCAUCUGCACUGGGGUGGCCUGGACCUGGAGACCAGCGGCUCUGAACACACCAUAGAUGGGAUGAGAUACUUCGCAGAGCUGCACAUUGUCCAUUACAACUCAGCUGACUACUCAAGCUUUGAAGAAGCCAAAGACAAACCAAACGGAUUAGCUGUGCUUGCCUUCCUGUAUGCGGAUGGGCACUUCGAGAAUACCUACUACAGUGAAUUCAUUUCCAAACUGGCAAAAAUCAGGUUUGCAGGUCAAUCAACAAAACUCAUUUCUCUGGAUGUCCAAGCCAUGCUGCCAGAAAACCUCUUGCGCUUCUACAGGUACCAGGGCUCACUAACAACCCCACCUUGCUCCGAGAGUGUGAUCUGGACCAUCUUUCACUCUCCGAUUGUCCUGUCACACACACAGAUCAGCCUCCUGGAGAACACCUUGCUGGACUGGCAAAACAGGACGCUGCGCAACGACUACCGGCACGCUCAGCCCCUCAACGGGCGGGUGGUGGAGUCCUCCUUCAGAGCCAAACUCACCCAAGAACAGUGCCAUCCAGAAGAAUUCAGCCUCAGACUGGAACAAAUCCAGAUGCAGCUCCAAGACAUGAAGAGAGAGUUGCUGAAUGGAGUGAGCCACAUAGGCACAGCAGGAAAUGUAACAGCUGGCUUUUUGGUUAUUUCAGGUAUUAAAUCCAGCACUUUUCCAGCUUUCUACUUCCCUGUGGAAAACAUUGAGAGUUUUGUGAAAGUUCAUCCCCUCCAUGAUAUGUCUCUCCAAGCCUUCACCUUAUGUUUCUGGACAAAAGCCCAGCAUGCUGGCAGUCAGACUAUUCUCUCCUACUCCACACAGGAGAGGGAUAAUGAGCUAGUGAUGACCGUGGGCACAGAGGUGGGAUUGUGGAUAGGAGGCCAUUUCAUCAGCUUCCCCCUGUACCACAAGGCACAAGAUUGGUUGCACUACUGUAUGGCAUGGGCCUCCCAGUCUGGAAUGGCAAAUUUGUGGCUCAAUGGAGCAGCUGGUAAAGCAAAGAGUAUCCAGAAGGGGUAUGUGAGCCAGGCUGGAGGGACACUUGUCCUUGGGAAAGAUAGAGACACUCUUCUUGGGACGUUCUCCAACGGUUUUGCAGGGUGGAUGACUCACGUGAACCUGUGGAGCCAAGUUCUCAGUCCUGCAGAUGUUCGGGCACUUGCACUGUGCAAACCAGGGCAACUGAAGGGAGAUGUCAUAGCAUGGGGAGAAACCUCCAUGACCCUCUUGGGUGGGGUAGUUCUGGAGUCUGACACCAGCUGUCAGUGA